AAACUCGAAAAGCAUAAAUACCCAUUAAAAUCAAUAAACACAUUUAUAUAUUACGUAUAGAUUUACCUAAGCAUUUAAUUUCAAAUAUUUCUAGUGCAUUAAUUUCAAAUAUUUCUAGUUCAUUAGUGCUCGUCUCGCAUCCCAUCAAUAAAAUUCCAACAACCACCUCUCAUCUACCUUACAUUUUCUUCCAAUUCUAUCCUUCUUAACCCCCCCCCCCCCCCCGCCCGCUCCCCCGCAAACCAAAACCUCCAACCCCACCCACCCACUCUCUCCAUCAAAAAUUGUAAGCAAACAAAAAAAAAUACAUAGAGAUUUGCUAUUUUGAUCUCCAAAAAAACCCUAUGCGAAGACAGAUAAAGGGGGAUCAAUUAUUAUCAAUUAUGGCAUUUUCAUGGCGGUUAAUCGGAGUAAGCAUUUUCAGUUUCCUUUUUCUACUUCAAUCAACAACAACAACCGUAGCUGCACGCGCCGAUGAUGAUAUCUCACGCGCCGCCCCUGCUAAUUCAUCCACCUCAUGUAACAAUCCUUAUCGAAUGGUUCUGGUGAAGUUAUGGAUUGAUGGUGUUGAGCAUGAAACAAUAGGUGGCUUAAGUGCGGCAUUUGGGUCUCUUUUAUCCACUCAUGCUAAAAAUGCCUCCAGAUUGCCAGCUACUUAUACAAAACCCUUGAAUGGCUGUUCCAGUUCCUCUUUUAAGUUAUCAGGCUCCAUUGCACUGGCUCUUCGCGGUCAAUGUGAUUUUCUAACGAAGGCUGCAGUUGCACAAGCGGGAGGUGCUGCAGGAAUUGUGCUGAUAAACAAUCAAGAAGAUCUUCUGGAGAUUUCUUGUCCUGACAAUUCUACGAUAUCAAACAUAACAAUUCCUGUUGUAACCAUUUCAAAAGCCGGAGGAGAUGUCAUUGACAAAUAUUUCUCUGCUGGAAAUAAAGUGGAGAUUCUGUUUUAUUUGCCAGAUCGCCCCCUUGUGGACUACUCGGCGAUGUUCAUAUGGCUGAUGGCUGUUGGCACAAUCUUUUGUGCAUCUUUUUGGUCAGAGUUAACUACAUCUAAAGAAAGCAAUGGCUAUGAAAAGGCACCAGAGGUGAUUGCUGGAGGCACCAGGGAGGAAGAUGACAAGGAAAUUCUAAAUAUCACUACAAGGAGUGCUUUUGUAUUUGUCAUCACAGCUUCUACGUUUCUGUUGCUACUUUACUUUUUCAUGUCGUCUUGGUUUGUCUGGCUGCUGAUAAUACUUUUCUCCAUUGGUGGAGUUGAGGGAAUGCAUAGCUGUAUAAUAUCCCUGGUAUUGAGCAAAUGUAAAAGUUGUGGAAGGAAAACGUUGAAUUUGCCGCUUCUUGGGGAGAUUUCUAUUCUAUCUCUUGUGGUCUUGAUAUUUUGCGUGGCAUUUGCUAUCUUCUGGGCAGUAACUAGGAAAGCAUCAUACUCUUGGAUUGGCCAAGAUAUUCUGGGAAUUUGUUUGAUGAUAACUGUUCUGCAGUUGGCUCAGUUACCUAAUAUAAAGGUUGCUACGGUGCUUCUGUGCUGUGCAUUUCUCUACGACAUCUUCUGGGUUUUCCUUUCACCUGCUAUAUUCCAUGACAGUGUAAUGAUUGCAGUUGCCCGUGGUGACAAAGCUGGCGGAGAAUCCAUCCCAAUGCUUCUGAGAGUUCCUCGAAUAUCAGAUCCUUAUGGUGGCUAUGAUAUGAUUGGUUUUGGGGAUAUUCUCUUUCCCGGUUUGCUGGUUUGUUUUGCUUUUAGAUUUGACAAAGCGAGAAGGAAGACGGUACUAAACGGAUACUACAUCUGGAUGAUGGUUGGUUAUGGAAUUGGUCUUCUAUUCACAUACUUGGGCUUGUAUCUAAUGAACGGUCAUGGUCAACCCGCGCUUCUAUAUCUCGUGCCCUGCACACUCGGAGUCUACGUGGUGCUGGGAUUGCUGAGGGGCGAACUUAAAGACCUAUGGAGCUACGACAGCGAAUCAACAAAAGUCGCAGACUCACUAUUGGAAGACGCGUAAUAGAUAGACUACUAACACAAGCCAUUGGUGUAUUCUUUCCAUGAUAUUAGUAUAAGCUGUUCAUAGAAUUCAAAGUCUUUUCCUGGAGGAAGUUCAUGGCUGUGUUGCAUAUGUAUAUUUUCGUUUACGUCAGCGAUUUCUCUUUCACCUUUGAUUAAUAUGUAACUUUACAGCAAUCAUACAAGAAGGAGAAGUCAUGAUGAAUCAGUUUUAGUAGUCA